AUGGCUGAUUAUAUGCCUAUUGAAAUUGUUGUCAUGAUUUUAGUUUUGGCAGAAUGUCAGCAAAAUUAUAGGCAAUCUGCCCGAGUGGAUCAGAAAAGAUUUCCGGAUCGCCAGCACUCAAGUAGCGUCGUUAUUAUAAAUUUGUCGGUUACGGUGACAAGAACCCUUCGACGACAUUAUUUUCACCCGUAUCACAUUUCUUUACUUCAAGCAUUACGUGAUGCCGAUUAUAGUGUGUUAUUUUCGGUUGAAUCAACUUUCAAAAACACAGGACAAGUGAAUCGUCACAAUUUCCACGAUUGGCGUGAUGAAAACCCUCACUGACAUCGAGCAAUUGAACAACAGCGUCAAUUGUCUCUAAAUGUUUGGUGUGGCAUUAUUGGUAGCUAUUUAGUGGGUCUAUAUUUUUUUAAUGGUACACUAACUGGAGAACGAUCACAUUAUGAUCGUCGCGUUCGACAAAUUUUAAAUGAAAUGUUGCUUAGACGGUGGAUAGGUAGAGACAGUCCGAUACCUUUUCCACCAAGAUCGCCAGAUUUAACACCUUCCGAUUUUUACUUUUGGGGUUACAUAGAAGAUACAGUUUAUGUGGAACAGCCAACAACAACUGAAAAUAUGAAGGCUCGAAUAAUAGAAGGCAAAGUACUAGGGAAACUUUAG